UCCGCCUCUAAAAGUACGCUUUAGGAAGAGUCGGACCUCCACAUCAUACCGAACAAAAAAAGUCUUUGUUUCGCAAGUUAUUUUUCAAUCCAGCCGAGAGAAUCUUAACUGGAGCUUAACAUACUGUACCUGGAAGGAGAACUUGCUCCAUUGGGGCGAACGUCAAGAACGUCAACAUGCUUCAACAACUCCUUCAGCCAGAAAAGAUGAGCUUACAUGAUGAGUUAAUAAAAAAGGGAAGCAAAGUUGCCUCCAAGCGUUUAGCUAAAGAAAAGAAGAGCACGUUCCCCAAAACUGGAGAGCCUGAUGAUUUCUACGAUUGGUGGAUGAAGUACAAAGAGGGUAAAAAGAAGAAAAAAAUAGCAAUGGUCAUCAUGGCUUUUCUCUAUCCCAGAGUAGCCGGGUAUCUGGAUAUGUUCCAAAAGAAAGUGCUGCAGCUGGAGAACAAAACAAAUUCUCAAGAAGAAGAGAUCAAUUUGCUGAAGCGAAAACUCCUGAAACAGGAAGCAGAAAACACGCAAUUAAUCAAUAAGAUGUCAGAAAUUUCCAGUGAAGUGUUACAGCUCAGGUCCAAAAGAGACACUCAAAAGAUGCAAAUCACCGUGCUUAAGCAGAGACUCCAGGAACAAGAAGAAGAAAACAAGCGACUUAAAGAUUACAAUACCACCUUAGACGACUCCAAUAAUCUGUUAAGACUUCCGGUAUCAGUGACUUCCAGCUUGCAGAAACCGCUUCCAUCUCUCCUUGGAGAACUUCCAUACUUACAGUUCUCCAAUUCCAACUACGAGUUCUGGGCCAAGAUAAAGAGAUGGCUACUCAAUGGAGAAGUGGCUCCUCAGUGUGUCUUUGAGCUUGUCAAAAUAAAAUGCCCUCAGAAAGCUUGGCUGACAAUUGCAGAGAAUUUCGACAACAAAGCCUUGAAGGCGGCGGCCUUCUCCGACCCUGAGAAGGCAGUAAGACUGCUGGAGAAGCUCUGGAAGUGUGUGUCGAAAACUCUAGGGCCAGGUACCAACAUGUAUGAAGUGUACUACUACCGGACACAAGAAGCUGGCGAAACAUUUCAGACUUAUAUCGAAGAGAAGUUCAAGCUGUACUGUUCCUUCGGGGUGGAGAACACAGAGCCGAACAAGAACGACCGGAGUUUUCUCUGUAACGCUAUAGAAAAAGCGGAGAAACGUUAUCAGACCUUCAUGUUGCGGUGUCCUAAAAGCUAUGAUGAGUUGAUGAAUAUGUCCAUGAUUGUUGACAGUAUGCUAACUACAGCAGAGUGGAACAACGAGUGCACGAACUGCGGCAGAGGAGGUCACACUCAAGCUCAGUGCAGAAGACCGGGAGGGGACGCAGAGGUUGGACCGGAUCGGUGCUAUACAUGUGGGAGGUACGGUCACUGGGCCAGAAAGUGCUGGGCUUAUCAGUAGUGUAUCAGCAAGCGAUGGUAAACUACAAGCGGUAAAUAUUCAGUUUCUAUUCAGUCACCAUUCAUAUCUGUCCUAUGGCUUAUUCUUACUAAAAAAUAAAGUCAUAUUAAUAUCCAUAUAGAUUUUACAUUUCCUGCUUUGGUGUAUUAGACAAAUGUGUUAAAAUGAGUAUCAUUCAUAAACAGCUUCUUUUAACUGGCUAUUAAUCUUUAUUUUAUGAUGAUGAAACCUUUCAAGGUUUUUACCGCAUGUGCAUUUAAAUUGUGUCAGAUAUUUUUACUGCUUUUCUAGAACUGAAAUCUGUAUCUGUUCUCCAUAUGAUGAUGAUAUUAUGAUGUUUGUCCUGUUAUGUUAGUGUUAAUUGUAUACAGGACACAGUGCCUGCUGUAUGUUUAGUGUGUUGCAAAUAAAAACUAGUCCGACUUUCAGACACCA